AUGGAGGUAGCGAAAUCAGCUCAGCAGUGGAGUUUUGAUACGGACCCACCAGAAUUUCUAUGUACGCAAAUCGUUUUUGAAGACGGCGGAGAUUACUUUAUAUGUCAGUCCAAAGAGCGCCAACCUGAACUCGACACCCAAAGCCUCAAUGCCCUCAGCCCCCGAAAGAUUCUCAAGGAGCACAUUUGGCCGCUUCAUGAGGGGGAUGUCACCGUCUGCGACAAUCCCACCAGUCCUGACAUCUAUGUCAAGAAACCCCGUCUCACUGCAUACGAUGGCACUCCUUCUCUUGCUCAUUUGGUCCUUCAAGAGGCUCGCGUGUGCGAGAUUUUGAUGCAGAACCCCCAUCCAAAUAUUGCUAGAUAUCUAGGAUGCUAUAUGCAAGAAGGUCGGAUUGCAGGCCUCUGCUUUCAGCGCUAUGCCGAGACUGCUGAAGAGAGGAGGUCAAGGGGCGCAUCAAUAAACAGGGCACUUGUCGUUGAUCAGAUCAGCGCAGCCAUCGCCCAUCUUAAACGCUUCAACCUUGCCCAUAACGACGUCAAAGCAUCCAAUGUCAUGUUCUCGACUCAGUCGAAUGAGAUCGCAAUCUUAGUCGACUUUGACUCUUGCGCCAUGAUUGGCGGACCUCUUCCGGCCAAACGAGGUUUUACUGACUCUUCGGGUAUAGAAGAACUUGACAGAUAUCUAUCAUAA